GGCAUUUAAUUCAAUGUUCAACAUACAACAUGUGCUUAACAAAUAUUUGAUGAUAUCAGUAGGUCUCUUUUUAAAGAAAACUGAAUAAAAAUUGAUUUUUUUAAAUUAUUAACCCGCCUUAUUACUAGUAACCUGCCUUAUUAUUACUAGUAACCUGCCUUUACAGAAGUUUUUCUUCUAUACAUAAUCCAGUAUCACACACAAAAAAACUGUAAGUUAAGUCUACUCUAUAAAUACCUAUAACUUACAUUACAGGAACUCAAAAAUAACAGAAAUAGACAUAUGCACACACUAACACCUAAUGAAGGAAAAGUGAGUCUAUGCCACCAUCUAGUGGCUGCAGAAUAAUAAAGCACCAAAACAAGAAAGUACCCAGGGAUGUAGUACCAGAAUAUAAGCAUCUAGAAUUUACAUGUAGAGCUACUGCCCUCCUAUUCAGUUGGGCCAGCAUUGGCAUUACCUGGCCUAUUCAGUUGGGCCAGAAUUGGGUCUACCUGCUUGCUUCUGCAUGAGUCUGACCUUCGAAAAAAACCAAGCGGGAACACCAUCAAGUUUCCUUUGCUCACCUCAUACAAUUCCCACCACAUUUCAACGGAUACCUAUUUGUUAUGAAAGGUAUAAAAAUGCAUCUUCACAUUCGUCAGACCAGAUGGGCAAUAAUAAAAAAUUGGUCAGGAAAACCUCAUACAUUGCUAUUAAACAGUCUGGCACUAUUUAGUAAAGAUGAAUAUGUACAUAACUUAUGACCCAGCAAUUCCACUCCUGGGUAUGUAAUCCAGAGUAGUGGUUUGUAAUUUCCAGUACACAGAUCCUGAGUGAAUCUAUGCAUAGAAUUCAGAGGGUCUGAUAAGUUGGAUGAAUAACAAUUCCAUCUUUAUUGGCACCAACUUCUAACUAAAAUUAACCAUUUCCUUUAUGAAGGUAGGCAACAAACCACAAUAUUAGCAGGACCUGUGACUUUGUAACCAAUAAACAUUAUAGAUAAUGUCAAAUUCCAUUCAUAGUUGUUGUAAAUACAUAAAAAUUUCUUCCACAACUAUCACUACUUCAAAAUUACAUCUUUUACACCCACUAUUAGAUGUUUUUUAGUGCCCUAAUAAAGAAGCAUCUCUACUUCUUUUUAAAAAGUUUUUUUAAUAUUUCAUUAUUCUAGUUCAUUUUUUUCAUAUUUGAUUUUGUAUUUUGAUUAUUCUAGUUCACUUUUUUCACUGUAUUUGUUUUCUUUGCAACCCUAUGUAUUUGUUAUACAUUUAAAAACAUUUGGGAUCCACAGGCUCACAAGAUUUUGAAAGGAUUUUAAGACACAAAAAAAGGUUAGUAAUACCUGCCCUAGAGAAAUUCUUCUGGCGGAACCAGGAGACAUCUACAAAUAAAUUCAAACAGCUUUGUUUAUAAUAGUCAGAUGGACAAAAAAAAACAAAGUAUUUUCAUGUAAUAGAAUAGCAUACAAAAGGGAUGUGAAUUAAUUAUUACAACUGCAUUAAUGUGGUUGAUUUGCAAAAGCCUAAAGUUAUAGCUAACAAUUAUGUAACAAAAUAGUAAAAUUAGUUAAUAAACAAUCUAAAACAGGCAAACCAAAGCAAUAUACUCUUUAGAGUUAUAUACAAAUGUAGUUGAAUUAUUUCAGAAAAAUCAAUGUAAUAGCACAAAAUUUGGGAUCAUGGUUACUUGAGGGAAUUGGAGGAGAGGGUUGUAAGAAGAAUGUGACCAGGAAUGAACAUGUAUUGAGCUUUUGAGUUGCUGGCAAUACCCUUUUUCUUAAGCCUUGUGGCAAGAGCACAGACAUUCACUUUAUUAUUCUUCUUUAAAGUGUACAGACAUCUCAUGUACACUUUCAUACCUAUGAUAAAUGUUUGAUAUUACCUUCUUAGAUAGGUCAUCUCUGUCUAUCCAAUCCAAAAUAACUACCCAGUUACUCUAUAUCAUACGAGCCUAUUUUAAUAAUCUAGUUUUUUGAUAGGAUUUUUCUAGCUUUGAACUAUCUAUCCUUUGGACUAUUUGUCAGAAUUUCAGGAUAUGCAACAAUAAUUUUCAAAAUAUUUAUCCUAUACAUUUUCCAGGCAGUUUAGGGAUAUGCUUUUUAAAAUAGCCACAGAACAAUAUUACAUUUUAAGUUCUGUCUAAAAGCUACUUUCCACUGCAAAUCUAAAAUUACCUUAAUAAUCACAUAUCUUUUAAAAAUAAAUGGUAAACUGAACUGGUUUUACAAUUGGGCUUCAAAGUCUGUGCCACUUUGUAGCAAUGAAACUGAGAAAAUUCUCUUUUCAGACUUCACCUUUCUCACUUACAAAACGGAGAUAAAGCUUAACUCACAGUAUUUGAGGAUAUUUGAAACCUGUGAGAAAGAGAAUAGGAGAAUAUUUUAGCUACUUAGAAGCACUUAACAAUGUUUAGCCAUCUCUCAACUGUAGCCAUGAAUUUUGCCCCUAUCUGUAUUUUCCUCUUGGAAAUUCCUCUUGGAAGUUCCCUGUAUCUUUCUGCUGGAUGGAUGCAGUUAAUGAUGAGACUAGGGAAUGGCAAAGCCACAGGGUAGAAGCCUGGCUCCCUAAUUCACUAAGUAUAGAAGAGCUACCUGCCAACUAGAAAAACCCACUUUGUAUUCUUAUAAAAAAUAAACUCCUAUAGUGUUUGAGUAAUAAUACACUUUUUUGAGUGUUGAUUUACAAGAGCUAUUUAGUCUACCCUAAUUAAUAUAUUAUUGAAAGAUACUACCAAAUGCUGAGUGUUCUGGCCUUCUUCCCUCCUCAGCCUCAGGAAACUGGCAGCAAGGCUUUUCUCACACAGAUAGGAUACUGGAAGUUUCCCUUCCCUAACACUGACUACACAGAUAAAUAACUUGCAGGUAACAGUUUGGGGGAGGGGAUAUAGCCUUCAGUGAAAUACCCAGGUCAGAUCACCUCACAGUGAAGCCCACUAUUUGAAGAGAUCCACCUGUGCGUACAGUGCUUUUAACAUGUGUUUCUCACUCCAAAAUAUAUUUUUAAUGUAAACAUCAAUAAACGCAGGAAGGAAAGUGUAUUUUGAGAGAGUGGUAUGAAGAAACCUAAAUCCUAAAUAUCCAAGUCAAUAGCUAGAAUCCUGAGCACUUUUAGAAUUCCACUAGCACCUUUAUUCUUUGUAUCUUACUUUUUCAUUAUAUUAUUUGACAAUCCCUGAUAUAUUUACUCUUCCUUUUUUUAUCUGUUUCCUCCAACCUGGAUGUUCCAAGAGGACGGGACUUUGAAUUUUGCUCAAUUCUGUACCCCAGUUUCUGGAAAAGUGCCUGGAACAUGGAAGGAAUUUAGUAAAUAUCUGUUGAAUAAGUAAAUGGGUUGGCAAUUACAGGGUUUAAAAAAAAAGGUCUAAGAAAAUAAUUUACUCAUAUAGAUCCAGUCCUGAUACAAAUGAUUUUUUUAGUCUUGCAUGGUUACAAAUAGAUGUCUCUCUUGUAGAAAAACUGAGGCAACCCUUCCGAAAUAACUAAUUUUAAAAAGCCUCCCUUCCUGUGAACAGACAAUUCCAAAGCUCUUCCACAAGGCACAACCAAUACAACCACAGGUCAUGGCCCUGUAAUCCCUCCCUAGUCCUCAUGAUGUAAGCAAUAUUACAUUAAUGUAUACAAUAAUGUAAUUAUUAGCAAGAAUAAUGUAAACAUUUAGAUUACUGUAAAUUAAUAGUGUAAUUAAUUACUGUAAAUUAACAUAAGCAUUAUUAGAUACAGGAAGACAAGUGAAUUUGGGGGCAGUGGCAUCUAUGAGACAUAAAUCCUCAUCUGCCACAGAAGGAUGUCAACACAUACUAUCCAUAACUGAAAAUGCAAUAAACAGCAGAAAACACUACUUACUUAAAAAUACAGAAACAAGCAUUAAAUGAAACAGCUUGAAAUGUUGAAGGUGGUUACUCUGGGAACCAACACUCCCGGACUGGGAGGACUAGAUCAGGGUAUGUUUAACUUUGAUUUUUCAUUUCAGGCUCGAUGCUGCCAUUUCUCUGAGCUCGUGGAAAAUUUAAUCUAAAUCUUAAUUAGGAGCCUUCUAAGAUGGAGAACACAUUCAUUGCAGAGAGGUCAGGCUCAAAUACACGUCUAUCACAACAUCUAAAACUUAACUCAGGAAAAAACCUCCACGAUUUUAAAUACAAAGCACUGCACAUGCACGCACUCAACACCUCUCCUUCUUUCCCCAUGGACAACACACCCACAACCCCUGCACAUUUACCAAUCUACACAACUGAGCACUGGAGCGAAUGAGGUGAGUGAGGGCCCAGAAAGUUGGAGCAGGAACGAUCCGAGCCUUCAGUUAAUCCUAACGUCACCUCUAACGUUUGGGGUAAGAACGUUUCAGGAAACCAAGGGGGACCAACGCUCAGCACAGCAGAGAAAGACACCAAGCUACGGGACCCGCCGCGCCACCCGCGCCGGGGUGGAGCUGACCCCGCCGAGCCCCGCCCCAGCCUGCGUCUGCCAAUGAUCCAGGAGCCGCUCCUUUCCACUCGGGAAACCUUCAGAGGAGUCUCAGAAAGGACACGGCUGGCUGCUUUUCUCAGCGCCGAAGCCGCGCCAUGCUCGUCCUCAGAAGCGCCCUGACUCGGGCGCUGGCCUCACGGACGCUGGCGCCUCAGAUGUGCUCAUCUUUUGCUACGGGACCCAGACAAUACGAUGGAAUAUUCUAUGAAUUUCGUUCUUAUUACCUUAAGCCCUCAAAGAUGAAUGAGUUCCUGGAAAAUUUUGAGAAAAACGCUCAUCUUCGAACAGCUCACUCUGAAUUGGUUGGAUACUGGAGUGUAGAAUUUGGAGGCAGAAUGAAUACAGUGUUUCAUAUUUGGAAGUAUGAUAAUUUUGCUCAUCGAACUGAAGUUCGGAAAGCCUUGGCCAAAGAUAAGGAAUGGCAAGAACAAUUCCUCAUUCCAAAUUUGGCUCUCAUUGAUAAACAAGAGAGUGAGAUUACUUAUCUGGUACCAUGGUGCAAAUUAGAAAAACCUCCAAAAGAAGGAGUCUAUGAACUGGCCACUUUUCAGAUGAAACCUGGUGGGCCAGCUCUGUGGGGUGAUGCAUUUAAAAGGGCAGUUCAUGCUCAUGUCAAUCUAGGCUACACAAAACUAGUUGGAGUGUUCCACACAGAGUACGGAGCACUCAACAGAGUUCAUGUUCUUUGGUGGAAUGAGAGUGCAGAUAGUCGUGCAGCUGGGAGACAUAAGUCCCAUGAGGAUCCCAGAGUUGUGGCAGCUGUUCGGGAAAGUGUCAACUACCUAGUAUCUCAGCAGAAUAUGCUUCUGAUUCCUACAUCGUUUUCACCACUGAAAUAGUUUUCUACUGAAAUACAAAACAUUUCAUUAACUGCUAUAAGAUCUGUCUGCUAAUGGUGCUUAAAUUCUCCCAAGAGGUUCUCACUUUUAUUUGAAGGAGGUGGUAAGUUAAUUUGCUAUGUUUCUUGCAUUAUGAAGGCUACAUCUGUGCUUUGUAAGUACCACUUCAAAAAAUAGUUCUGUUUACUUUCUGCAUGGUAUUUCAGUGUCUGUCAUACAUUAAAAAUACUUGUCACUGUUUUAAGAUCUUGACUCUUCAUUUGUUUCAGAAUAGCUCUUCUACUGUAUUCUGACAACUCUUUGCUUUAUAGCAUUUUGUUGUAUUCAAAUGAUAAUGGUAGCAUUUCCAUGCUUGUGACAGCAUUUUUAAGUUAUUAAUAUAUUUUAUCAACCUUUCCAUCAUGUCUGUUUUCCUGUUUUUUUUUUGGUUGUUUUUUGACCAGUAAAAUUUAUUUUGUAAUACCAAAUAGGAUUUAUGAAAAUUAACGUAUUUCUUUACUAUGGAAAACCACAUUGUCAUUUAUGACAUCUAUAUUAAAUAUGGUUUUCACAUUAGUUAUUUGUCACUUACUUGGAAAAUGAUGCUGUUAGGUCCUGGUAUUAAAAAUCUAGAAAAGACUUGUUGGUUUAUGUGCUGAAAUGUCUUUAUUUAUAAUUAAUUUUAACUACUAUUUACUUCAUUUCGGAUCCUGUUUAACAAAGAUACUUGAGACAUCCAUUUGUUUUAAUGAAAUCUGUAUGGAUAUGGAAAUGCUUGCCCUAAUAAAAGCCUACAUAUAC